GGUGGGGGUAUAAAAGGAGCUCAGCAGGAGCAGGGGCUACCCUGCAGGGGAGAGCCCUACAGACAGCCCAGCUCCAGCCUGGCUCGUGGCUCCCUCAGCCCUCCCAGCAUCAUGAGAGUCCUUGCAGCCUCCCUGGCUGUUCUGCUCCUUGUGGCCAUCUGCUCCCAGGCUGAGGCUGAUCACAGAGUCUCCGGGAAUGCUGCACUUUUCAAGAAAGAAACCAAACCCACCUCCUGCUGCUUCUCGUACAUUUCACGCCCCAUUCCACGCGGCAUGAUCAACUCUGCCUACAGGAGCAGCAGCAGCUGCUCACUGCAAGCCGUGAUCCUGGUCACCAAAAAGGGGAGGGAGGUGUGUGCAGACCCCAAGGCUCCCUGGGUGCAGAAAUACCUGGAGGACUUGGAGCUUCUGGAGUACUGACUCUUCCCUGCUCUGUACCUGGGCAGUGGGAUCAGCCCCCAGCACGAGACGUGCAAUAAGAGUGCUUGAGCUGCAUCCUUCUUCAAAGGGAAAAUUUAUUACAAUUGCCAUACACUUGUUUGACUAAAUUUUGCUUGCCUAAAUGCUUGAAUAAACUGUUUGGCUUGUCAAACCCUUUGGGUGUGUCUGAAG